ACGCGGACCGUCGCGGUUAAUGUUCACGCCAUUCACGGUCAGAUUGGGUCAGACGUUGGGAGCCAACUAUAUUGGUAUAAAAAAAAACGCACGAUCUCCGUCGAUUCCGAUGGCACCACGUGCUUGUGCCUCGGUGAAUCCGAUUUGCAAAACCAGAAAUAACAUUAAAUUCUGAUGAAAUUCAUAUAUUUGUGAGGAAGGAUAUAAUCGAAUACACAAUUAAAUAAAUAUGGGUGUUCCGGCGGGUGAUCCAGAAAAAGGAAAGAAGAUUUUCAUCCAAAGAUGUGCACAAUGUCAUACUGUCGAAGCGGGUGGCAAACACAAAGUAGGUCCCAAUUUACAUGGACUUAUAGGUAGAAAAACUGGUCAAGCCCCUGGUUUCCUAUAUACCGAUGCCAAUAAAGCGAAAGGCAUCACUUGGAAUAAGGAUACUCUUUUUGAGUAUCUAGAAAAUCCAAAGAAGUACAUUCCCGGUACAAAGAUGGUAUUCGCCGGAUUAAAGAAACCUCAAGAGCGGGGUGAUCUUAUAGCUUAUUUGGAACAAUCGACGAAGUAAAUGCUUCUCCGCGUCCAUGCUACCGAUCGCAGAAAUCGUGAAGAACGCGAGUGAGCAAGCGAGAUGCCGAGCAUGGCAUGAGUCGCGAUAUUAGUACGAUUAUCAUCUCAUCAUGUUUUGUCAUCUCACUCGUGUUCAUCCCAUGGACUCUCCUCUCGAUGGUACUCAAAAGCGUUCGCAAUACGUGUUUAAAUAGUAAUAAAUUGUUAUUGUAUUGUUGAUAAGUAGACAAUUUCAAAUAUGUACAUGACGUGACACAGGAGUCGAGCUAGCUCAACUCUGUUUUUUUCCUUUUUCAUCAUACCGAAAAGAUAUUCUCGGGAGCGCUAACGCCCGCCAUACGAGUGGUUGAACCACUUUUCUGCGGAUCCCGUGUCCUUAAUUAUUUAUUAUCAUUGUACCAUGCAGUAAGUGUUGAUCUGUAAAUCAAAGAAAUACAGACUAGGCAAUUCAAAA